AUCUUCACGGGAUUCUGGUCUGUGUCCCAUCAUGGUCUCGAUUUACCAAAAUCUGUUCUGUACACUGAGUUCAUUUCGAGCUCUACUUGGUCCUCGUUCUUGAAUCGGUUUCAGCUCUUGCAGAUUCUCCCUCUGUGAUUCCAUGGAACUCACUCAGUCACGUAUCGACUCGAAUCUUCUGUGUCAACCGUUGAUCUUGUAGAAAUCUCGAUUGUAUUUCCGUUGACUUUUCUGUUUCAAACUCAAUGGCUCGGUCUCACUGGUUUUCGCUUCUCGUUGCACUUUCUUGCCUGGUACGGGCUCUAAACGCUAGCGAUGGUGAUGCUGAUCCUGUUUACCGUGCUUGCUUGGAGCAUUGCGAGAAAACUGGAUGCGCAGGGGAGAAAUGCUUUCAGCAUUGUAAAUUUUCAUCUGAUGGAAAAGCUAUUGAUGGGCCUUGGUAUCUGCAAGAGCCACUUUAUUUGAAAUGGAAACAGUGGGACUGCCAUAGUGACUGUCGCUACCACUGUAUGCUUGCCAGGGAGGAAGAAAGAUCACAGGCUGGUCACAAGCCUCUUAAAUAUCAUGGGAAAUGGCCAUUUCAGCGUGUUUAUGGGAUCCAGGAACCUGUUUCUGUAGCCCUCUCUGCACUAAAUCUUGCCAUUCAAUUUCAUGGAUGGGUAUCAUUUUUCAUCCUUAUAUACUACAAGCUGCCAUUGAGGCCAAAUAAGAAGGCAUUCUAUGAAUAUACUGGCUUGUGGCACAUUUAUGGGCUCCUCUCGAUGAAUGCCUGGUUUUGGAGUGCUGUUUUCCACUGUAGAGAUGUUGAGUUGACAGAGAAGCUUGAUUAUUCAUCUGCUGUGGCAUUACUUGGGUUUUCUCUGAUUCUAGCCAUAAUGCGAGCUUUCAAUGUGAGAGAUGAGGCUGCCAGGGUCAUGAUUGCUGCUCCAUUGAUCGCAUUUGUGACAACACACAUACUGUAUCUGAAUUUCUAUCAACUUGAUUAUGGUCUUAAUAUGAAAGUUUGCAUCGCCAUGAGUAUAGCUCAGCUUCUUAUUUGGGCAAUUUGGGCGGGUCUUACUCACCAUCCAUCUCGGUGGAAAUUGUGGGCAACAGUUGUUGGAGGAGGUCUUGCCAUGCUAUUGGAAAUAUAUGACUUCCCCCCCUACUGGGGUUAUGUGGAUGCUCAUGCCCUCUGGCAUGCCACCACCAUCCCUCUUGCGUAUCUCUGGUGGAGCUUUGUCAAGGAUGAUGCUGAGUUCAGAACAACAACCCUCCUUAAGAAAGUGAAGUAGCAUCUCUUUGCCUAGCACAAUCUGAUUGUGCCAUUAAUUUUAUCCAAAAUAUUACAUGAGCCUCUGAGCAUGCGUUCUUUCUCUUGACUUGUUUGCAUUUUUCUCAAAGGGCUGGUUCCUUUGUUCAUGCAUUCAACUUGGUGGCAUUGGCAUUGUUUCAACAGUAUGGGAUAGAUACUGUGAUGUAAGUCAUGUUCUAGAUUAGCAUUUGCCAUUUUCUUAGUGAAGUUUCUUGCUUGGUAUAGAAAUAACAAAACUCGUUGCAACUAAGUUUCUUUGUAAAUUUUGUUAUUUGCAUUACCAUGAGCUUUUCGUUCCGCUGGUUUACAGGGCCA